AGUACAGCAAAAUUGGUGAUAUACGAUAAUAAUACGAUACGGUAUGAGGUGGGUUUUUAACCUUUUUAAGUCACCUAUGACAUGACUAGACUCAAGUGACCGAUUUGAUUUGUUUUAUCCGUCAUCUUCUUACUGCCAUUCAUUUUGCCUGAACAGUUCCGCCUUGAAUUAGCACUUUUAAACAGAAACACAGCUUAUCAAUGAAGUUUAUAAAAAAAAUUUACUUGUUCAGUUGAUGUAGGAAUCUCUCUUGUCUGGGUUUUUCAAAUAACAGCAGAUGGGUGUGGUAGGUUUGUGGCCUGAACAGUUCCGCCUUGAAUUAGCACUUUUAAACAGAAACACAGCUUAUCAAUGAAGUUUAUAAAAAAAAUUUACUUGUUCAGUUGAUGUAGGAAUCUCUCUUGUCUGGGUUUUUCAAAUAACAGCAGAUGGGUGUGGUAGGUUUGUGGCAGCUGCUUCAACCAACAGGACGACCUGUUUCAUUGCAGUCUCUGGAAGGGAAAGUUUUGGCCAUCGAUGUGAGCAUAUGGCUGCACCAGGCUGUGAAGGGAAUGAGAGACAAAGAUGGGAGCCCACUACCCAAUGCCCAUCUCCAUGUGCUGUUCAGCAGGGUGUGCAAGCUCCUCUACUAUAAGAUCAAACCGGUGUUUGUGUUUGAUGGCAGUGUUCCUGAACUUAAAAAGCAGACAAUGGCGUCCCGAAGAGAGAGGAAGAUGAUGGCAGAAGUGGAAGGUGACAAAGCAUCGAAAAAAUUGCUGGACAAUCUGCUAAAAAGUCACGCCCUGAAAGAAGUUCUGAACAAAGGCCAUGCGUCAACUUCAAGUAGUUCCAUCACAUCACAGCCGUCGACAUCCCGCCAAUCACAAGGAACGACUCAGAAACUAGACCUAUUUCAGCUACCACCCCUACCUGAAGAAUUUAUAAGAGCCCAAGAAUUACAGCCAUGGGAGGAACCUUCUUCUGAUGCUACAAUUUUUGAGGAUAGGUUUCAAGACUUGGAUGGUGUAGAUAUUGACUCAGCUGAGUUUAAAUGCUUACCUCCUGAGAUUCAGCAUGAGAUUCUUAGUGAACUCAAAGAGAGAAGGAAAAGGCUUACUCGGCAUACUAAUCUAGUUCUUCCUCAGGAUUCAAAUGACUUUUCCAGUUUCCAAAUGACUAAAAUUCUGAAACAGAGCCACCUGUCAAAUAAACUAGAGGAAGUGAGGAAGGAAAUGAACAACCAGGUCACCGGAACGAUCACAAAGGAUCUUGGUGACCACACCAUAGGGACUGAGAUACAAUCUCGGAGAAUCUUAUCAGACGAUUCUUUACAUUUCAUCCUCAUCAAAGGAUUAAGUAACAAGCGUAAGCUGGAGGAAGUAAAUAGAAUUCAGGAGGAAACUGAGAUGAUGGAGGAAUACAAAGAGGCAUCUCAAGGUCAAGGAGGAAACGAAGGAAGGAAAACGGAGGAGAAGGAUGAGCUGGUGGAAAGUGACACUGAAGUUGAUGAAUCUGUCAGAGACAGUAAACGAUCUGAAGAUGUGGAGUGUCCAGGAGUGAAGACUGAUAAACUUAAGGUCAAACAUGACUUAGGAGCGAGUAACUCGGAUAAAUCUAAUGAAAAAGAGAGAAUACCCAUCAUUGAAAUGAGUGACUCAGAUCAAGAAAACAAUCAAGUGGACAAAAUGAGUUCAAACGGGGAAUUUAAGGUGAUGGGGAACAGGAGGGAGGUUGAAGAUUCUGAGGUUACUGGUGUGGAAUACAACACACACACCUCUUCUUCAAGGGAGAUAACUCUUGUUAAUGGAGUUAGUACACCUCUAGAAGUUGGUGGGAUUGAGAAGACUACAACAGUGGAGUGCCCAAGGAAUCAUUCAUCAGAAGACAAGGGAAACAAGUCAUAUCAGAAUGAAUCCAGUGACUCAGAAGACGAGGGAUUCAUUGAGGUGUCCAUUGAUCCCAACAAAGUUGGUCCCGAUGAACUUUUUCCAGCAGAUAUAUUCAAUACUAGAUCUACCUCGGAAUCUCAGAAAGAGCUGGCCCCGACAAGUGAUGCAGAACCGCAAUACGUGUACUCACCAGAACCAGAACACACGACAGCUGAGUUAGAAUCCACAGAGACCAAUACAGGGGAAGAGUCCAGAGAUCUUGUCCAACAGUUUACAGAAUUAGUGGAGAGUGACGUGAACAAAAUCUCUGAAGAACUGGAACUGGAGUCCCAGACACUGCAGCAAGAGAGGGGCAGACAGGAAAGGUUGGCCACAUCCCUCUCUGACCAGAUGUUUCUUGAGGCUCAGGAUCUGCUGAGACUGUUUGGUGUGCCUUAUGUACUGAGUCCAACAGAGGCUGAGGCUCAGUGUGCCUGGCUAGACUCGCUCAAUCUCAUUCACGGCACAAUCACUGAUGACAGUGACAUCUGGUUAUUUGGAGGGAAGCGAGUUUACAAAAACUUCUUCAACCAAGAUCGGACGGUAGAACUCUAUUUGAAGGAGAGCAUUCAGAGCCAGCUGGGAUUAAGCCGUGAGAUACUGAUUAACAUCGCCCUACUAUGUGGUUGUGACUACACUGAAGGAAUUCCAGGGGUGGGACCCGUGACAGCUAUGGAGAUCUUGAGUGAAUUUCCAGCUGCUGAUUUCUCCUCCCUACAGGCAUUCAAGUCUUGGUGGGAAGAAAGUCAGAAAAAGAAAAGAAAUCCAAAUAUUAGCAAAGUCCGGUCUAAACUAAGGCGACUGGAUGUUUCUGAAGGAUUUCCAGAUCACAGAAUUGUGGAUGCUUUCCUGAAACCCACAGUGGAUGAAUCUGAAGAAACUUUUUCCUGGGUCUUACCUGACCUUGACCUUCUUAGAGAAUACGCGAAAGAAAAGCUGGGAUGGACAAAAGACAAAACAGAUGAGCUUUUGCUUCCUGUUUUUCAGAAACUUCAGGAUACUCAGACACAGACUCGGAUAAAUUCUUUUUUCCAACCAGAGAAUUUUAUGGAACCAAAGAAGCUGAAAAGUGUCAGGUUAAAAAGGGCGCUGAAAAGAUUUCACAAAGAAGAAAGAGGCAGCGAGGAUAGAGUAGAGGAAAGUGCAAAAGAGAAAGCAAAACGAGUAAAAGUUGCCAGUGAACUAAGCAGAAGACAAUCUACAGGAGGUGGCAAAGCAAAACAAAAAUUGUGCAAGAAUUCAAAACCUGCCCGAGGAAAGGGAAAAGGGAAGGCACCUGCAAAGAAAUCUCAAACGUCCAAAAAACCGGUGUACCGGGAGGAGGUCAAUCUGUCAGAGAGCAGUUCAGAUGAUAUAGCUGAUGAUGAUGAUGAUGAUGUUCUGGCCAAUCUAGACUAUGAAAGUUGGCAAAAUUGAUGACUGAAUGGUCUGUGUUACUGUAUGAAAUACACUCACUGUAGGUAGUCACAAUGUUUCAAUGUUUGUGUCUCAGGUUCAUGCAUUUACUUAUUUAUUGAAUGGUUUACAAUAUUGACAAUAUGAAAACUAGUGAAAGGGGGGGGGGGCAUUUUUUGAUAUGUUAUAGAGUGGUGUGGUCUAUUUCCAUGCUGACAUUCACAAAUUUAUUUAUAGAUACAGAUUAAUUUAACACUUUUUAACAUGUUACCAUGAUUACAAUAAAUAAAUUCACAUUAUGUGACAUAA